CUUUAUUCCUAUUUUUAUCCCUUCAGAUGUUGCCAGAGCAAUUGAAUUACUGGAGAAACUGCAAGAGUCUGGAGAAGUACCAGUGCACAAGUUACAGUCCCUAAAGAAAGUACUGCAGAGUGAGUUUUGUACAGCUAUCAGAGAGGUAUACCAAUAUAUGCAUGAAACCAUAACGGUUAAUGGCUGCCCAGAAUUCCGUGCCAGAGCCACUGCAAAGGCAACAGUUGCUGCUUUUGCAGCAAGUGAAGGCCAUUCACACCCUCGAGUAGUAGAGCUGCCAAAGACUGAUGAAGGUCUUGGCUUUAAUGUGAUGGGAGGAAAGGAACAAAACUCUCCUAUAUAUAUUUCUCGUAUCAUUCCUGGAGGGGUGGCAGAAAGACAUGGAGGACUCAAGCGGGGAGACCAGCUGCUUUCUGUUAAUGGAGUGAGUGUGGAAGGAGAGCACCAUGAAAAGGCAGUGGAGCUUCUGAAGGCUGCUAAAAAUAGUGUAAAGUUGGUUGUGCGCUACACUCCCAAAGUGCUGGAAGAGAUGGAGGCUCGUUUUGAAAAACUCAGGACAGCACGACGCCGACAGCAGCAGCAACUGCUAAUUCAGCAGCAGCAACAGCAGCAGAAUACACAACAAAAUCACAUGUCGUAGGUUAUUCUCAAGAAUAAUAUAUAGAUCAAGAAUUCAGUAACCAGGCAAUUGGAGCUGUGCUUCAGUAUUACAGCAUACAGUUAAAAGGAAACAGAGGGAACACAAUAACUGAACUUACCAAGAAGUUAUGAAUACGUGGUGCAAGAAUAAUUUACUAAGAACCACAAAACACCUGGUAUCUUCUUUGUAAGGCUGCAGUCUCAGAUACAAGAUUUCUAUGACUUUUUCUAAUGAGCAGUAUGGUAAGUAAACACUAUGAAAUAUAGAGAACUUUGGAGUUUAUGAAUAAAUCUUUGUAAGAUCCAAUCUUACACUCCUUAUUCUAACAAAAUUCUGGCCUGUUAGUUCACUGAGAUCAGUGUUUUACUUAAGGAGGUCAAGAUUGGCUUUUAAUGAAGGUGAAGUCUUUCUCUGCAAUUAUUUCCAGAAAUGAACAACUUAUAGUCCACUGACCAAACUUCAUCUGCUCAAAAUUUUGCCACAAGCAUAAAACAAACUCUCACAUCACACUUCAUAACCUCUUUUUACUAUAUACUAUAGAGUUGUUUUAAUCUAACUUCCAGUUUAUAAUAUCAUUUUCCUGAAAAUAGCAAGUUACUAUAUUUAUAAACUAUUCAGUUGUUGGAGCAAUUGGCUUUUUACUCUUGAUGUUUCCAUAUAUUUUAUUAUGCAUCAAUAGAGUGAGGCAAUUUUAGAUCUACUUUAAUUUAAUAGUGUCAGGCUAGAGAAUCCUAGAACGUAUUUUUAAAUAUAGGUAUUGCUUGUAUCUACUAUAGCUAUUAUUCUAAAAUCUAUAACUUAAUAUACAGUAUAUUUAUUCCAUAAAAUAUAUAUUGUCAGAAUAUACUUGUUACAGAAAUAGGAUCUCUGCUUACCAUGUAUUAAUGUAUUACAAAUCUAGUAAGAUAAUGUUAGCAAAAGACCACGCUUUGUUUGUCACGUAUUCAUGUGAGAAGUAUAAACCAGCUAUCUCAGCUUGUAUUUUAAAAUUUAUUUUCUAUGUCAUUGUUUAAUAUAUUUGGGAGAAGAAGGGUAAAUUGUUCCACACAUAUUUUCUUGUAAGUCAGUUUGUCCUUAAAGUUUAGAACUUUAUCAAAUCAAAUUGGAAUGUAAAAGUAAAAUAUAUAAGAAUGUUUUAAAGUUUACAUUUACUUUUCCAAAGAUUUAUGAACAGUCACCGUCAAAGCUGGAAAGCUAAAGAUAUCAUCAUCUACCUUAGAAGUAAAAAAAAAUCCUCAAAUUCUGUCCUAUUUAUUGUCAUUUAAAAAUAUCUCAGAUAUAAGGAAAGAGAAGGCAAAGCAGAGGGAAGUCCUGAAAUUCUUGCAUACUGAAAACUCCAGUUGAUUUUACGUGGAGUUUGGGGCCACACGGAACUCAGAACUAAUCUUAAACAGUUUGCAGCCUUGUAGCAAAAAAGCCAAAACAUAUUACAUCUUUUCUUUGCAAGUACUCACAUUAUUGAUUCCCUUCACUUCAUUGUGAGAUCUAAUCAAAUACAGAGCAGAUAGCCACAAGAAGAGGAAACUGAUAUACCAUAGUAGCAUAGGUUUAAAAAAAGAAUACCUACUGGCCACCAGCUUUGACAGUGUUUCUUUAUUAUAAAGAAUUGCUUAAAGUAAUCAUGCUUUUAAAACUAAAUUAUAUUAAAAGAACAGAUGAACAAUGUGAUACCUGGAAAUAAUUCCAUCCAGUGGUCCUGGUGACAACAUGAAUCAAUAGGUGUAGCUUGAGUGUGCUACCAGAAAUUAAAGAUGGAAUAUCCUUCUAUUAUAUUGUGCAAGAUUUUAUUUGUGUUUUUAACUUUUUAACUUAACAAGAUUUUGAUGUACCCAUUUGACAUGUCUAUUUUAAAGCUGUAUUUAAAAAAAUUGUAUUGAUAGUAUAUGAAAUAUUACUGUUACUGCACAUGACUGUAUUAUAUCACAUUAUCAUGAUUUGAGUUACAUCGACUACUGUUCUAAGUUUUCAGAGACUAAAUAUUACACAGUGUGAUUAGUGAAACCACUGUACUGCAUUCUUUUUAUAAUCUCCUCUGCCCCUCAUCACAAUAUCUAGAUUUUAAUGGAAUAGACAGUUAAUAUAGUAAAUUGCAAAAAAAAAAAAUCAUUAAUAUCUUUAUAUGGAAAAACAUAGCUAAUUCAUUUGCAUAUGUUAUUCAAUAAAUUAUUUAUACAUAUUAAUAUAAACAUCUCAGGUUUUGCCAACAUUUUAAAAUAAGAGGAAAGUAUAAAUAAAUCAGAUACCAAUAAAUCAGAUAUUCUAAGGGGGAACAGAAGGGGCAAAAAUCAUUGGGGUUAAACUAGAUGGUCCUUGUGGUCCCUUUUAACUCUCUGGGCACAUCUACACAGCAGAGCUAAACUCA